GAGAGUCCUCGUCAGAGAUGCAGGUCCCAGAUGUCGCCAGCAUGAGGCUGCUGCCCGUCGUUCUGCUGCUGCUCUGCUCCUGCACCAGAUUCUGCAGGCCUCACUAUAGAAAAGAAAAUGAGAAGAAAUCAGAGCUCCCUCCAGCCUCCGACCUGUUGGACACGAAGUGCUUAGCAGAGCGACACACGCAUCGCUCCUGUGACAAGGUCUUCUGCCAGCCCUGGCAGAAGUGCAUCGGCGGAACCUGCCUCUGCAAACUGCCCUACCAGUGCCCGAAGAACGGCACCAGGGUGUGUGCCACCAACGGGAAGAGCUUCUUGACUUACUGUCAGCUGAAGAGCUUCCAGUGUCUUCAGCCAGACUCCAAGUUCCUCAACAGCGGCGAGUGCACCGGCCAGGAGAAGUUUGAUGUCUCUCUGCACCAUGAAGGGCCGGAUUCAGUGGGCCUUCUCAGGGUCAAGCUCACGGUCCUGGAGGAGAGCAUGUAUGUCUGCAAGGACGGCUGGGGCAUGACUCAGGCCAACGUGGCCUGCCUGGACCUGGGGAACCCGCUUGGUGCUCUCGACACACCAGAUGUUGCACGCCCUGACAUCAACAUCGAUGAGUGUCUGCAUGUGUCCUGCCGAGGCACGGAGACCAGCCUGACCGAAUGCACCUUCACCCGAAGGGCCGGCGUCCAGGAGCUCGCCGGAGUGGUGUGCUACAACGACAGUGAAGCUCCCCCGGCAGAGAAGGCCUUCCAGUGUGUGAACGGGAAGCGCAUCCCACGAGGGAAGGCCUGUGACGGCGUGAACGACUGUGGUGACCAGAGCGACGAGCUGUGCUGCACAAGGUGCCAGGGAGCUAGCUUCCACUGCAGUUCGGGUGUCUGUAUCCCACAGCAGUACCGGUGCAAUGGUGAGCGGGACUGCAUCACCGGGGACGACGAGGCCAACUGUGGAGGAGCUGAACGUCCUGUAACAAGUGAACCGAAUUUAUUGCCUCUGGAUAUGGAUACCGAAAGAAAACGGAUCAAGUCACUCCUCCCUACAAUGUCCUGCGGGGUGAAGCAGCACAUGCACAGCCGAAGGAAGCGCGUGGUGGGAGGCAGCCAGGCGCAUGUGGGUGACUUCCCUUGGCAGGUGGCCAUCAAGUACGGAGAUGGGAUCAGCUGUGGUGGCAUCUACAUCGGUGGCUGCUGGGUUGUGACCGCUGCACACUGUGUCAGAGCCAGUAGAGUGCGCCAGUACAUUAUAUUCUCAUCACUAAUAGACUGGAUAAAGCCCAACACAGAGCUGCACUUUCGAUUAGUGAACAAAGUGAUCAUCCAUGAGAACUAUAACGGCAGCACCUACCAAAAUGACAUCGCUCUGCUCCAACUGAAGAUGCCCUCGCUCAAGGAGUGUGAGAUGCCUGGUUCUGUGCCCGCCUGUCUGCCCUGGUCUCCAUAUCUCUUCCAGCCCAAUCACAAGUGCAUCGUUUCCGGCUGGGGUCGAGAGAAAGGGAACUUAAGAGUCUUUUCUCUGAAAUGGGGUGAAGUGCACCUCAUCAACAACUGCUCUCAGUUUUAUCCAGGCCGCUACUUCGAGAAGGAAAUGCUGUGUGCAGGCACUGACGAUGGCUCUAUCGAUGCCUGCAAAGGGGACUCUGGAGGUCCUUUAGUUUGUCAGGAUGUCAACAACGUGACUUACCUUUGGGGUAUUGUGAGUUGGGGUGAAAACUGUGGAAAACCAGAGUUUCCCGGAGUUUAUACCAAAGUGUCCAACUAUUUUGACUGGAUUGGCCGACACGUGGGCAGGUCUCUCAUCACUCAAUAUAACUUGUGACAGUCUUUCCGAGCUCACUCUCAGGAGGACUGUUGAAGUGGGGGACGAUACUGCAUCACCACUAGUUUGCUAGAGGUAAAAAUAAAGCACAUUUUCUUGGA